AUGCCUAGAUCGGAAAUCACAAAACUUAGACCUGCUAUCUAUUAGCAGCAUUAAUAGAUGAUUAGAAUGUAUGAAAAACUUCAAGAAUAAGACAGUAAAGAAAGAAAAAAUGAUAAAGAAGCAAAUAAGAUCUUAGAUGAGAUAAAACUUCUAAGAGUCAACAAAGAUUAAAGUAGUAUCAAAGAUCAAUUAAGAAAAGUAGAAAUAAAGACCCAUGACUACUAGCUUGAUUAGAUACCACCGAUCUAAUCUAUGACUAAUUAUACCAAUAGUGUUGCUCUUAACAAGAAAAAAUGGCCAAAAGGCAAAAACAGACCUAAAAAGACUAGUUCUUUUCUAGCAGUAACGAGACAAAGAAGGGAAGAGAAUUUUGUAUAAACUAGGCAGACCUCACCAGCCCCAGGAAAUUAUGUCCCGAAAUACACAUUUGUCUUUAAGAGGCCGCAGACAAAUUUAUUUUCAAAAUCUCAUCGGUUCAGUGAGGAAGUGAAUGCCUAUCUUGACAAACCAUUAGACUAGGUCUCCCCUUUCAACACUGAGAUGAAUAUCACUAAUUUUGAUAAUACUCUUAAUAGGUCCUAAAUGAGUCGAAGUUAAAUAGCACAUGAGAGAACUAAAACUGCUACUAAUUUGGAAAAAUCCCUAGAGAUGAUGAAUCAUUCAACAUUUGAUAGAAGGUAGAUGUAUAAUGCCUCAUUCAACUCUGAGGGUACAGAUUUUACAAAGAACAAACCUAUUUUAUGUGUGAGUUUUGACAAAUAGAUCCCUAGGAGAGAUAUCACUGAGAGUGUAAUCCAGCCUCAUGAAGAGCGUUUCAAAUUUCAAUCCUUUUAUUAACGAAAGUAUUCAACUAACGAAGCAAAUAAUAAAUUCUAUAGACUUUAAAAUUUAGCCUUCGAUAGAUAGUCAAGGAGGAAGGAUAUUUCACCUAUUACAAAUUCAGGAGGAUUUUAGUAUAAUUAUUAGGAAGCAUAGGACAAGAUAAAAUUCGACGAGAGUAUAAAGAAGACUCUACCAUUUUAAAGAGAAAAAAUAAAUUAUGAAAAGCUACACAAGAAAAUAGACCUUAGUAAACUCAAAAGGCCAAAAGAGAUCAUAAGUGGCAAAGCACUUAGAAGAAAAGUUAUGAUGGAAGAUGAACUUCUUAUUUACGACCUUGUUCUAAGACCACAAAUUAUAAAGUAGAUGAAAUUAAAAUAGGAAUAGGAUAAAAUCAUUACAGUGGAUCAAUUGUAUGAAGAAUAUUAAAGAUCCAAACAAAAAAUAGAAAAGAAAAAGCCAAAUUAUUUAUCAUGA